CAGAUCUAAGAUCAGACCGUAUUGUCGAUUGCCGAUACGUUAAAUCAUAAUGUUUGUUGUCAUCACGGUCUACGUUAACGUUUAGGUGAAGCUUUCAUAAAAGAACUUAAGGCGGCUGGUUUAGAUAUAAUCAAACUAAAUGACUGUAUCAGUCCUUUUUAUUCUUAUUAGAAGUCAGUUCUACUAAUUAUAGCAGACACAGGGCGACCCAUAUGGACCCGACGUCCAAGCCUGGGUUGAAUCAGGUGUCAGAUGUGGUGUUUGUCAUAGAGGGAACUGCAAACCUUGGUCCUUAUUUUGAAUCACUUCGGGAGAAUUACAUACUACCGACUAUAGAGUAUUUUAAUGGAGGACCACCUGCUGAAACAGAUUUUGGAGGAGAUUAUGGUGGCACUCAGUAUGGUCUGGUGGUCUUCAACACAGUGGAUUGUGCUCCAGAAUCUUACGUCCAGUGCCAUGCUCCCACCAGCUCUGCUUUUGAGUUUGUCUCGUGGAUUGACAGCAUUCAAUUCAUGGGAGGUGGAGCAGAGAGCUGCAGUCUUAUAGCUGAGGGUCUUUCUGUGGCCCUGCAGCUCUUUGACGACUUCAAAAAAAUGAGGGAGCAAAUUGGUCAGACCCACAAGGUUUGCGUGUUGCUGUGUAAUUCUCCUCCAUACUUACUACCGGCUGUGGAGAGCGUCAGCUACACGGGCUGCACCGCAGACAGCCUGGUCCAGAUCAUACGUGAUCGGGGGAUCCAUUUUUCUGUAAUUGCUCCACGGAAACUUCCAGCGCUUCGAUAUCUUUUUGAAAGAGCAUCUUCGGUCGCAGGUGCACCAGAAUCCUCACAUCCAGACUACAGUCAAGACCCCUUUCACAUGGUGUUAGUCAGGGGCAUUGCACUUCCUGUUACUCCUGGAGGAGGUUCUGGUGUAGUCUCUCUGAAACCGGUCUUGCCACCUCAGCCUUUGCCUGUGUCCCAGCCUUCUAUGGGCUCAGUAACCCAGACUCCUCCUCCUCCUCUUUCAUACCAGAAUCCCGCUCUAAACGCGGCACACGAUGCAGCACAGAAAGUGCUAGAUGCAGCCACUCAGCAGCAGAAGAUUCGAUUUCCUCAAAUGCCAAAUGCUCCCUUCAGCCAAUCACUCCCAUCAGGAGGUAAACCCAACCUAUCUACAGUUACCACAGUGUCACCGCCAGUGUUAACACAGCAACAAGUUCCACCACAGCAGCCACCACAGCAACCACAAGGCCCACCUGCACCCAACCAGCCGCCUCCUCAGGCCCCUCAGUCGCAGCCCACCAAUCAGCAGACGCCGCCAACAUCACAGCCUGGCAUGGGUGCUAUACCUACACCUCCGGCUGGGGCACAGCAAGGUGUUGCCAAUAAAAUAGUGGCAUGGAGUGGAGUUCUGGAAUGGCAAGAGAAGCCCAAGGCUUCCUCCAUGGACUCCAACACAAAACUUACACGCUCCUUGCCCUGCCAGGUCCAGGUCAGCCAAGGGGAGAAUCUAAAUACAGACCAGUGGCCGCAGAAGCUGAUCAUGCAGCUCAUCCCUCAGCAGCUCCUGACUACUCUGGGCCCUCUGUUCAGAAACUCUCGUAUGGUGCAGUUUCUAUUUACUAAUAAAGAUAUGGAGUCUUUGAAGGGACUGUAUCGCAUCAUGACCAAUGGAUUUGCUGGAUGUGUGCAUUUCCCCCACAGUGCUCCGUGUGAGGUGCGUGUGCUGAUGCUGCUUUACUCAUCUAGGAAGAGGAUCUUCAUGGGACUCAUCCCUAAUGACCAGAGUGGAUUCGUCAAUGGCAUUCGGCAGGUCAUCACUAACCACAAACAAGUGCAGCAGCAACGCUCGAUGAACAAUACUGUUCAGAUGCAACCUGGACAGGUCCCACCCAAUCAGAACUUCCUCAACAGACCGCCGGGCCCCAUCCCUGUUACGCAUGGCAACGUGCAACAGCAGUCUGUGGUGGUGGGCUUGCCCUCCGUCAGUCAGGUCACACUGAUGGAGGACCAGCAGAGACAGAACAACAUGCUGAGAGCAGCUGCAACAGGCAAUCAGCAGCCGCCGGUCACAGGUGCUCCGCCCAAUCAGGUGGCCCAAGCUCAAGCACAGCCUCCUGGUGGCAUGCUGCGCCUCCCAAACCCAGGCGCAAACCCCCAACUCCGCAGUCUCCUCCUCAGCCAACAACCUCAGGGUGGGAUGCAGGGCAUGCAGGGAAUGCAUCCCAUCCAGCAGAUGGUCCAUUCUGCACCAGGAGGGGGCGCUCAGUGGAGGCAGCCUCACCAAGGUCCGCUGAUGAUCCCUAAUGGUCCACGGGGUCCAGUCGCACAGAAUCCUGGGAUGCCUCAGGUGUCGAGCGUUAUGGAGGAUGAAAUUCUUAUGGACCUUAUCUAAGGACUGCUUUACCCAUCAUUCUUUGCUUCAGAGGUUUCAUUGCAAAAUACGAGAGUCAUCUUAGCUCGGAUCUUUCUUCUUUUUGUUAGAAGCAGGUGCGUAGGGGAAGAUUAGAGGUGUUUAGAGUGAGAUCAGGAAUUUAUUUUCAUACUUGUGUAUUAGUUGAUGCAUUUACACACGAACCUAUCAAAAAAUUUUGUUAGCAGUAACUUGAUUGUUCAUAUGGACAGGACAAAGAGCAAGGCGUUUUUGAAAACCAGGCUCUUCCAUCACUCUACACCUCUUCGCACCUCAAGAUUAAUCAAUUAAAUCUGGUUACUAUUACAUUUUUAUGAAAGUUUUACUUUCUAUCGGUUUUACUUUUUCUUAAUUUGUCUUUUGAAAUCUAGUAUGUUGUUUUAUGAAAAUGAAUAAAGUUAAUUUUUGUUAAUCAAGC